AAAUAUAUUAUAGAUAUAUCUACUUUUUUAGUUUUAACUUUUAGUAUUUUCUGCAGGCACAUUAUAAACUUGAUAAUUUGUCACAGAAUUCGACAUUGAAGAUGUUGUACACGUUGUACACUAAUGACAGUAUCAAUCAUUUAUUUGUCAGUUAAUUUAAUCAAAUAUUACGUAUCAUGAGCGAACUGGUCGCGAGAUGGAUCCAAGAGCGACUAGGCCUGAUUAUAGACAUGGAGCCGGAGAGCUUCGCACUAAAAAUGGCCAACGGUCGCUAUUUGGCCGAAAUUCUGUUCAGCUACAGCUAUAUAGUACCCGAACAGCUCGAACUGAUUUCGAAAAACUGCAACUACAUUAUGGACUCGUACAAAAACUUUACAUAUAUUGGACAGUGGCUUAAAACAUUGAACAUCGUGCUCGAAGACGACGACAUAUACGAAAUUGUGCACGGAUUAGGUACUACCUCAUUGCACCUAUUCUAUCAAGUCUAUUUGGAAUUCCAGGACAAGAGCAAGCUGGAUAUUGUAAUGGCAAACGAAAUUCGAGCUCAGCUGAGUAUAGUACACACCAGGUUCGAUGUUACGAAGAUGCCCGGCAAGAAACCUGAUGAAGAAACUGCCGCCCUCGAUACAAAGCUUAUUCCUUUAGGAGACAGGCGAGCAUACCGUUGGUACAAAAGUCGAAUGGACAGUAUACAUAGCCGUUGCAAGGAAAUGAGGAACGAGUACAUCCACAACAUGAAGAAUUUUCGAAAGUCCGAUGCGGUCUUCGACAUAAACGGAGACAUGUCCGAAUUUGUAAUGCCGACAAACUUAACUCCAUCGCCAUCCAAGCAGGGUAGUAGUGAGAAAAUGGACGAUGACGAUUUUUCCGUCGAUGAGAGGACCUACGAGGACUUGGUCAAGUCCCAAAAAGAUGCCGAACAAAUCAUGCCAAUUAAGCCUGAUGUGAAAAAGGCUAAAAAAAUCGUCAAAAAUAUUCGAGAGCGAAAAAGAAAUAAAGCGAUUAGUGCUCUCUUCCGAAACGAACUCCACAUGGAGAUCCUGGGCCAAUUCGAGAUGAAAAUCAACGAAGGCAAGGCUAAGAGCGAAGACAAAGUUAUGACCGACAUUCUCCUCCACCAAUCCAACUACGAAAAACUGGUCAUGUCCAAGAUGGGUCAGGUGAAGAUCCAGAAGGAGUUUAUGCUCGAGAACAAGUUCAUCCAAGGCGAGAAUUUGCACAAGCUCAAGGACCGCGAGUUCGUCAACGCAAUGAUGAUGAAAAACAAGGACCUAAAAGAGAACAAAACGAUCUAUUACUUGGAGAAGGACAGAUAUUUGGAGUUGCACCGUAGGAUUUGGAACGAGCGGUUGAGACUCAGGCACGAAAGAGAAAAGAGAAUAUGUUCGGAAGCGUUCAGAGAUAUCUCUGAUAUAGCGGUUAAAAUAGCGGAGCACAAGAAGAAAUUCGGGAGAGAUUUAGAUUUACGCGAAAUGGGCGAAUUAAGAAAGGUUUUCGUCUCUUGCCAGCCCGUGUUCGAUGUGACCGAACCCGGUACUCAAAUCAUCGCAUCAAGGGAAUCCUUCGAAGACGUGGAGGAAAUAGUCACCAAAGAAAUAGAUAAACAGGAUGCGAUAGACGCCGAAGAGUUCAACGAUUACGUCGAUUACCUGUGGCCGUGGGAACUAAAAAAUGUCACGAUAACUGAAGAAAACUUAGAUAAAAUAAGCAGAGGACUUAACGUGCUCGGUCAUAUCAUACAUCAAGUCCUUUUAGCCAAGCAUCCUUUACCUCCAUUACCGGAAAGGCCACAAUUUCCCGAUGUCGACAUUCGCGUGUGUAUAAACGGUUUGAAUGAUAUGAACUCUUUGCCGGUGUUGAGAAACUUGUUGGCUCAUAAGAAGAUCGAAGUGGUGGAAAUGACUCAGGCGACGACGUACUGCAUAGAAGCGUUUCAUGAAGAGAAUAGGCGGGAAUAUGAUGUCGAUGUCGUACCAACGAAGGAGAAACGGAAAGAUGUCGCACCGAAAGUAAAGGAAAAGGGCAAAAAAUCAAAAUCCAAAGGUAAAUCUUUAAAAUCGAACGAUAUCGACCUUCAAGAUGACGUAGAACCUGUAAAAACCUACGAAAAUAAAAACAUACAAACACCGAUUGUGUUUCCAUGCGAGGAAAUAAUUUUGUCCACACAAGCCGCCCUGGGCAAAACUGCCGAAGAACUACUCAAUGCCGGACAACCUUUGACAGAUUUCCUCUUAACCGCCAUGUUGGUUGAGUACUUGAAGUCUCUACAGCCCGAGAUGAAGGGAUGGGUGCUUAUUAACUAUCCCACAAACUUCGAACAAGCUGCCAUAUUAGAAGAAGCUUUUACCGGAGAAAGGAUACUGAACAUGGAGGAGUAUGUAGAAACAAAAAGUAUUUCGGAAUUGGUAGACACGAAAUCGGAGAUGGACAAAGACAUUAGCAGCCUGUUAUCUGAAGGUUCUUGCAGGAGACAUUCAACUCUUAUGCCCGAACCGUACAAGCCCGUCCCUGUGAUCGUAUACGACACAAUCCUUACCGCUUAUAUCAAACUAAAACCACUAACGGAUGGUGUUAGUGGAGGCGAGUCAAAUUUGCCUCCGGUUUUUGAGGAAUCCGGCGCGAAUCCAAAUCCUUUGGAUAAAUACUAUUCCGAUACGGGAGUGAAUUAUUCGAUGUACUACAAGGACUUUGAUUUUGCCACUAUAAAGUAUUUGGGCAAGUUGAUCAUCGGGGACUAUAGUUUGCCGUUGAAGUCGUCCAUGGAAUUGUUUGGUGACGCUCAGACCAGGGAUGUGCAGGGUGAGGCGACGAGAAGUGUGAAGUCGGCAAAAAAAGGAGAAAAAUUGAAGAGACCCAAGGUAAGGAGUCCUAUCGAUAAGGAGUCGAUUAUGAGUGACAAUACGGAAAUGGAAUCCAAAAGAACUAAAUCAGAAAAGAAAGACAAGAAAUCCAAAAUAAAAGCACUAAUUGUUCAUGAAGAUAAGAGUGUCCAAGUACCAGAAGUAGAUGAAGAAAUUGAAGACAUUUUGGAAGGUGAACCAUCCCAAGUUCGGGUUCCAUUAGUGGGCGAACCAGAUUGGCAGUACGUUAUUGUUCCAGUUCCAGAGGAUUAUAUGAUUCCCUUGGCAAGUAUUUGGGAAUCGGCCGAAGAAAUCUACACGAACGACUUGAAGCAGCUCUUGUUUAUGAAACGGACCAAGAUGAAUUUGUUGGCUCCAUUCACUAACCGCGUGAAGGAAACCAUGCAAAAAUUCAUCGACAGACCCGAUUGUAAAGGCCAGUAUUUGGCCAAGUUCCAACAGGCCUUCAAUGCUUUCGACAUGGAUUUUCGCAAGGAUGACGAAUUCAAAGCCGAGAUGCAUUGCAGGAUUGCUGAUUUUAAGGAGAAACUGACUGAACUGUGUGACGAAAAAAUGCUGAUUUCCGAGAGCGGUCGUUGCGGAAUUAUCAACGCCAACUGGGCUCCGAAAGAAAUCGCCGCUCUUCUCAACGAUUUCAUCAACAUGCUCCAGAUCGAAAUCGAUAGAUAUGUCCAAAGCGUGUGGCUCGCGGACAACUAUUUCUCCGGAGUUUUUACCAACACUCCGAACGCCACUGACAUUGCGGAAGAUAAUUUGCCCAAAAUACACUCAAUAGAUCCUCGAGUAGUAAACGACUUGUUCCAGAUAAGAGACAGCGAAAUAGACUUGUCCUACUUCGAUACAGUUCUCAGAGAUUUGAUCCGCAAAGCUCACGAAUUCGUUAAGAAAAACACGGCAGCCUCCCAAGCCACUCAAGAGAAAAUCAGGUCGAGCAGCGUGGACGGUGCCAAUAAGAGCAAAAGCAAAGGGGGGUCCACCAAAUCCAAAGCCUCCCACGAAGAGAAAAAUGCCCAGGAUUUGCAACAGGACGUGGUUAAAGAACGUACACCCGAACUACUCACCGAAUGGCAAUGUGCCGUAGAGGGUGAAACUCUCAGAGUACUCUUAAGACUCGACCUAAUCAAACACGUGGCUCUGGAAACUAUCGGCGAGUUUGUCCGAUACGUUUGUGAAACUUUUCAUUCCGUUUUCGACGAGAUCAAUGCAAGAUACCGAAAAGAAGUCGAAAGUAUUGAAUCUGCCUGCAGACUAUUCCAAACUGCUGUAGAAAAGGAAAGAUCCCUCCAAAAAGAACUGACUUUCGAAGGUUCUGCUUUUCACAUCAAUUCAGAAGUGAACUUAUUCGAAAACCCACCAAUUGUACCCGACUUGCCGAAAGAGGUCGUAGAAAAAGGUGCCUUUACAGUAUCCCAACUUUCAAACUUGGUUAAAAUCUUAACGGACUUGUGUCCUUCGGGCUACAUACCUAAAACAAGUUUUCUCUAUAUUCUCCAAGAUAUUAUCGUGGACGAAUCCGCAGCACCGCCUCUUUGGAGACGCCUGGAUUCGAAAAACUUAAGACACCUUAUCGAUUUCUUGUUCGACGACUUGGAGUACCUUUACUGGAGGGAUUUUAUCGUGUAUAAUUUAAGGGUUGCUUUUCCCGACGAAAAAGAACUGUUAUUGAUCAGAAAACGGUUGAAAGAGUGCGAUCCAGAUAAUAUAGAAGCUAUCCAUGACUACCAGUUUUUCGGAACUAAGCUAUGGUUCGAGCUGGUAGUAAAUGUGAAGGAUCAAACGAAGAUAAAAGAUGUGAAAGAGUUGUUAUUUAAAAUGUACAGCGUCGACAAGGAUUGGGUUAAUUAUACUGCACUAUUAUUAGAUUUUUGUAAAGACGAAAGUCCGUUGAUUGGUUUUGCGAAAGCUUUAGAACUGUCACUGGGAAAAAAGGUGUGUUGGGACAAAGAUACCGGAAAUGCUUUUACAGAGCAGUUCAUGAAGAACAUGGACGAGCACGAGCAACACGUUCGGCUCAAACAAGAAGAAAAAGAGGAAUACUUUAAAGCGGUGCGUCAAGAAUUAAAUAAAUUGGUUGACCGAGUGAUUAAUUCAAGCGAUGGCGUAGUAAUAACUGAGAUUAAUGAAGAAUCAGCAGAACCUCGUACGAAGCGACCAAAUAGACCGAAGAGUGAGGUCUCCGAAGUCAACAAAACGCCAUUGUCCAGCACCAAAGAUGAAGUUAGGUUUUAUGAUACGGAUACUGAUCAACCGAACGAUAACCAAACUUCGCCAGACUUGCAUAAUCAAGUCGAUACGGAGGCUUCUGAUUUUACACAAAUAGCUUUCUUUCUACCUUUGGACGUGUUAAUUACUGUGAUAACGACGGCUCUUCCUUGGCACUGUAAGGUUCAGUACUACGAGGAGCUGAGUUUGUGGGAACAGGCGGCUAAGUUGCACGCGCACAGCGCCGAUCCAAAUUUUAAUGGGUCCGUGUUGACACACAACUUUCUCAAUAGCAACGAGUUUUUGAAACUGUUAGGACAGACCUCUAAAUUCACUAUUAAGGAUCCGGUGAGGAAAAUUAAGGAAAUAUUUGACGAAUGUAUAGAAUAGUAUUUUUGGUAAAUAAAUGAAAUGAAAAA